AUGAAGAUGCUGGGGUGGGAGGACCCUUUCACUUCUGCCAUCUGCGGCAUCCGCAAGCAGGAGGUGCGCCACUCUGGCCGCAUGGCGCAGAUCCGCGGGCUCAACCUUGCCCUUCAGUUCGCCAUGACGCCCGUGGUGGCGUUCGUGACGUUCAGCACCUACCGCGCCCUGAACGGCAAGCUCAACGUGCCCAGCGUCUUCUAUGCGCUCAGCCUCCUCAACCUGCCCAAGCUCACUAUGGUGUACUUCUUCGUCUUGGGGGUGCAGUUCCUUGCCGAACUCAAGGUCAGCCUGCGCCGCAUCGACGACUUCCUGUCGAUGCCAGAGCCCCCUCCGCCGACACACCAACGCGGCCUGGACCAGGGUGCCGGCGCCGCGCCGGCGGCGGGCGCCGAGGCGGCGGCGGCCGGGGGUCGCCCGUCGGCCGAGAAGCGGCGGCUGUCGUUCGACGCGCUGCUCGGGCGCCGGCGGUCGGCGGCGGCGAACGGCACGGGGACCGUCUUGGACAAGGAGGGGAAGAGCUCGGGUGUCGAGGUGCCCGUCGGCGGCCUGCGGCUUGGGGGUGCGGAUUACGAUUGGUCGAGAAACGUCGAGCAGCUGGGUCUGGGGCCCCGCAAGCCAACGUCCAGCGGCGGCAGCAGCGGCAGCGGCGACAGCAGCAGCGCCAGCAGCGGCAGCGACGCCGGCGACGCGCCCGAGGGAGCGCCGGCCGCCGACGGCGGCGUGGAGGGCGACGCAGCGCGCAGCGGCCGCGAGGCCGCGCGCGGGGCCGAGCCCAAUGGCGCCGCCUCCACGCCAGCAGAGAGCGGCGCCUCGGAGGGCCGGUCGCGCCGGGGGCGGCGGCGAACGCUCGAGGGUAUCGAGCUGACCGUGUCGCCCGGGGAGCUGCUGGGUAUCUGCGGGGAGGUCGGCGCCGGCAAGAGCAGCGUGCUGGCCGCGCUGCUGGGGGAGCUGCAGCCCAUCAGGGAGGCGGACGGCUCGCUCAAGGGCGGGCCCGAGGUGCGCGGCAGCGUGGCGUACUGCUCCCAGGUGCCGUGGAUUGUGGCGGGCAGCCUGCGGGACAACAUAUUAUUCGGCAAGCCCCUGGAUGACGCCAGGUACCGCGCGGUCAUAGCCGCGUGCGCCCUGGAGCAGGACCUGCUGGAGCUGCCAGCUGGCGACGAGACAGAGCUCGGGGAGCGCGGCGUCAACCUCAGCGGCGGCCAGAAGGCGCGCGUGGCGCUGGCGCGCGCCGCGUACAGCGGGGCCGACGUGAUGCUCCUGGACGACCCCCUCAGCGCGGUGGAUCCCAGGGUGGGGCGCAUCCUCUUCGACAAGGCCCCAGGCCCUUGA